UAUGAGGCACAUAUGACAAGGCCUAGCACUGGGAGUCAUUAGGCAUCAGGAAGCAGAACGACUAGACAUAGGGAUGGGUGGUCUCCUCAUGCUAAUGAGGUUUAGACCAUGUUGAGCCCUACUUGUCUUCUGUGGGAUGUUCAGUAUUUCUUAUUUACCUAUAGCUUCAUCUUCAUCAUUAUUCUAAUUAUCUGGAAAGCAAAGAAAAGAUACCACGAAUUGAAGUUGGAACUUAAAAGGACCUGCUGUCAGCAUCACCGAAAAAUCAGACAAAGGGCUAGAAAUGCAGCAUCGAGAGCUAGACUAUCCCAGGAAGAAGCUGAGAAGCCACGGAAGCUGUACUCUGCCAUGAAAAGCCAGGGCUGGCUUCCUCAGGAGGCAAGUGUGCGGCGGCUCCUGUGUGCAGAUCCCUGCUGCCAAAUCUGCAAUGAUGUGACUCUGGAGACUCAGCAGUUGCUGGUGGGUGAAAACAACCAGACCUCCACUUUAUCAGGGCCAUCUCAGUGCUCUUCUUGCCUAGAUAUUUUAUCCCUAUCUAGUAUAUCCUUUGAGCAAAGUCUGGAGCUUCAUUCUCAGCACACGAGAGAGCUUUCACUGGCACCUGACGCUCUGACACUGUCACAAUUAAUGGCAUCAACCCACUCAGGUGCCCAGUUAACUAGUUCAGUCAGGGUCCAAGAUUACUGGGCUGAUCACCUGCACCAAGGACAGGGAUUUCAAAUGCCAGAGGUUCCCGGAGGUCCAGACACUAUGACUUCUUCAAGUUUUGAGGAGCCUACAGGUCAAGUGAACCAGCAGAUGAUGCAGAGCAAUCCCAACCUUGUACAGGGGAACCAAGGUCAGCAUCAGUUGAAUUCACAGGUCUCUGUGCUGUCUCCACAUCCAGAAAUCAUGAACUUGACACAUCCAAUGGCCUUGCAUGUAGUCCUCCCAGAAGCCCACCUGCCAUUUGUCAGUCCUGAAGCCUUGAGGUUUCUAGAGGUACAUGUAAAAAAGUGGAUGCAUUUCCAAAGGUGGGGGCUCCCCAGACGUGUGGAGGAGUCCUUGAGGCAGCUUAUGCCAAACCCACCAUUGUAUUACCAGCCUGGAAAUAACCAACCAGUUUCUUAUAUCCUGAAUAAUACUUCUCAGGUAUCUGUUCAAGGACUUGAAACCAUUUCCCACCAGACCUGGUGUUCAUGUAUGGCUGGUCAGCCCAUCCAGACCUUCUGGGUUUCUGAAUGGUUCACUAUGAACCCCAAACAAAGACACCAUUGUCAGAAAAUCCCAAACCCUAUGGCCCUAGCCUUACACUCACCAGCCCUUAAAGCCCUAAGUGGCCUCUGUCCACCACCUGGGGGACAGGCUAGUGACUCAGACAGCUAUCUGCACCAGAGAUACAGCCAGCUAUUCUGUGGCCUCCCUUCUCUGCACAGUGAGUCCCUGGUUGCCACUUUCUUGGCCUCUCAUCAAGGCCUCUCCAAGAAUGAAAAUUGGUCCAAGCCCCCCUUGAAAGAUCCUAUUCUCUUGAAGGAUCUCUCCUUCCUCCCCCUGCUGCCUAAAACACCACCCCAGUCAACCCUGCCCUCUUCUCCACCUUCCCCAAAUUGGGUGACUCCAUCUGAUCAUCAACAAGCUCAUAUCCAGAAUCAUGUCCCAUUUCUGACUCUGGCUGAGUGUGAAGCCUUGGAGUGUCACCUACUACAGAGGCAGUCACAGCUUCAGUGGGGCAUGCCAGCUGUCUUCCAGAGAUCUCAGCAUGCCCAGAGCCCCAUGCAGUAUGAGCCCUGUGGCAAAGCCCAGUCUCCUGAGACCAUGACAACUUCCUGGCCAGAGAAGCCUGUCUCAGUCCCCACCAGGGAUAUAUUCUUCUUCCCGGGGUAUGCCCGGAGGAAGAAACUGAACCUUCACCUCCAAAAGCAGUUGAUUCACCAACGCUGGGGCCUGCCCCAGAAGAUCCAGCAGUCCAUCCAGUCAUUCCUUUCCUCAACUGACCAGCAGACUCUGUCCUGGAGAAGCACAACUCUAACCAGUAUGGAUGUCCCCCAGCCUAUGGUCUUAGAUGUGUUGUCAUCCACUGUGGCCCCGGUGUCAAAUCCCAUGCCACACUUGUUCACCCAGGCCAAGGCAAUAUUGCAGAGCCACAUAGACUCCAAAUGUGGAGAGAUCAACCAUGGCAAGUUCCCUGCCCGUGUAUAUAGGUCCUGGGACUGCAGAACUACUGGGGAACUGGCAGUGGCUCCCCUCCCCUGCAUUCCAGAAGGCCAGCCCAUGGUGCUGCAGGCAACUAGUGACCCUGACCUGCAUCACAAAGUUAUGCCUUGGAUGCCAACGGCCCUCAAUCAGCAGCAACAGGCUUUACCAGGUCCUAUCAAUAGACACCCGAGGCUGCCCCAAGCCCUCUCUGAGGGAGCCAUCGAGAAACUGGAGACAACUUUACGGCACAAGUACCUGGCCUUCCUGUCCGGGCUGCCUGCUCUUUAUUACGUGGCUCUCUCCAGGGCCAUGGCCCCAGCAGUCACUAGCAAAUCCGUAAUCACAGAGGGGGUGCCUGGGCCUACCAAAAUCCCAGAAGAGCCUGUGACUCAGAUAAUCUCGUCUGAAGAACAGUAUGUAAGUCUCGGGCCAAGCUUUCAAGACAACAGUGAGACUGGUGCAGACACCGCAGAAGAGUCCAAGCCUGCAGUACCAGUGGAAGGAACAACGGAGAUGCUGCCUCUAGAAAGUCAGACACAUCCUGCUAUCCCCCACUCACACAGGACACAUACGUUGGCCAAACUAUGUUUCCACCUGAGAAAAAAGACCCUAGAGAUACAAUGGGGAAUUCCCAUCAGGGCAAGGGAGUCCAGGGAACAAACUGCAGCAGUGCUAGAGAACAAAUCCAAACAGGAGUCUCUUGGGAGUCUAAACAGCCAAGGAGAAACAUUGCUCCAGGUACUUUCUACACCCCCAGAUCCAGAAUGGGUUCACCAUAAAAAACAGUUGACUGCUGAGUUAAAGGCAGUGCAGCAGAAUCAAAAGCAACCUAGUUCCAAAGCAGUGUCACAUGGUUCUACCCACUGUAUCUGCAAAAUCUCACAACCCAGUGGGGACAUGACCGAGGCCCAGGUGCUUUGUGUUCAGGGCAAGGCCAUUGUGAACAACACCAGCCUGGAGGAACCCUGGAGCUCUGAGCCCCAAAGUCCUGGCAAGAGCAGGGACCCAGCCAAAGUCCCCAUGCUAGCAGAAAAGAAAGAGAACCCAGAGAAACUCAAAGCAGCUGGGGGCCGAGGAGAAGGGGAUGCAGGGUUUUGGCUCUCCUCAACUGCAGAAGAAAGACACCCAGCUGAAGACGAGAGACCAGCAGGGAUGCUGCUGAACAAGACACCCCAAGGCUACUGGCAAAGGAGCCACAGAUUUCAUCUUGCUGAUCCCUUUCAGCACAGCCCCCAACAUCACCCUCAGCUUAAGCUCCCAGACCUACCUCAAGGAGUCCCUGGGAGAAAAGAAUCUGAGAAUGACCUGCAAGACAGUCAAACCAAACAACACGCCGCUCUCAAAUCAGCAAAGAUUCCUGAGAAUGCCCAGCCUGUGGUGUCCCGGACUUCACAGGGUCAGGCUUUCCCAAGUCAAGAAUUUCAGGAUAAGCCUCUGCUGGGCCAAACUUUACAAGGUCAACUUUUGCAUGGGCAGGUGAUACCAGCCUAUACUCACAAAAGGCCCGGUCUUCCAGAGGCUAACUUGAGAAGUAAAGUAAGAUCCUUUCUGCAAUGUAUUAAUCCCAAAACAAAAGGCAGAGGGCAAAAUGACUGCAUAUUUCCUAUAGCUGAGAAAGUGGUCAAAACCCAAAAAGAAAAUGUUCAAAAGAGCUUGGCUCCAGCCAAAAGUCCUAUGGGGAGAACUAAGACAGAGAAGCCAACAAGGCACUCCACUGACCAAUCUCCCAUCGCCAAGAAGUUAGCAGGCCAGGCCUUCUUUGAUAAUUCCCAUUGCCCAGAGAAUAAGCUCCGGCUCUGCUCCAGACAAUCUGGCUCUGCCUCAGUCCAGGGCCAUCCCCACCACUGCCCUCGGCACUGUCCUCGCGUAGCUCGUGCCACUUAA